AUGUUCGUGAAGCAGGUCAAUCAAAGGCUUAAGACCAUGCUCUACACUCACCGUUUCUUCCCCUAUCAUGUUUACAAUCUUCUCGGAGGCAUCGAAGAGGACGGUUCAGGUGCAGUUUAUACCUUCAAUCCCGUAGGCUCAUAUGAACAUGAAGCAUGUCGAGCCACGGGUGCUGCGCAGUCCCUGGUCCAGCCAUUCCUAGAUAACCAGGCAUAUGUACCUUCUUGUGGAGAACCGGAGAUGUCCCUCCCCUGGAUCUAUCAUAAGAAUCAGCUCGCUGCUCCCGGGACAACACAUCCCGCACAUCUUCUGCUACUGGACGUCCCUUCCAUCGUGAUCGACUCGUUCACGAGUGCGACAGAGCGAUAUAUCGAGGUCGGUGGCGGCCUCGAGAUGUAUGUCGUCCUCGCCAAUGGCCGCAGUGCACAAGGGCUUGCAAGCAUUAAUGGCUUGGCGAAAAUCACAACAAAGGCAGAGGGCGACCGGAUGUUCGUUAUACGGGAGUUGAAGAAGGACUAG